GUCAUUGCCGCCCGCCGCGCUCACUGGUUCAGCGGGGCGCUGGGAUGCCGGGGCGAGAGGACGAGAUGCACCCCGUGCUGAAGGCCUUCGUCUGCGGCUCCAUCAGCGGCACCUGCUCCACGCUGCUCUUCCAGCCCCUCGAUCUGCUGAAGACCCGCCUGCAGACCUUGCAGCCGGCCGUGGGAGGGUCCGGUCGUGCUGGGAUGGUGACGGUGCUUUUCAGGGUGGUUCGAACUGAAAGUCUUCUGGGGCUGUGGAAAGGCGUCUCUCCUUCCUUUGCAAGAUGUAUUCCUGGGGUUGGGAUUUACUUCAGCACUCUGUACACCAUGAAGCAGAAGUUUCUAGGGGACCGUUCACCCACAGCCCUGGAGUCUGUCUUUCUGGGUGCCACUGCACGUGCAGUAUCUGGGAUUUGCAUGUUGCCAGUAACAGUGGUGAAGACACGGUAUGAGAGUGGAAGAUUUGGCUAUGGGAGCGUGUGUGGAGCUCUGAAGAGUAUUUAUCAGACAGAAGGGGCUCGUGGCAUGUUCAGUGGGCUCACUGCCACCCUGCUACGGGAUGCACCUUUCUCUGGGAUCUACCUGAUGUUCUACACGCAGACCAAAAAACUCACACCUCAGGUCCAGCCGGAUCCAGUGCUCAUGCCUGUGGUGAAUUUUGGCUGUGGGAUCUUUGCGGGAAUCUUGGCUUCACUGGCAACGCAGCCUGCUGAUGUCAUCAAAACACACAUGCAGCUGUCCCCUAAAAAGUACCGCAGGACAAGCCAGGCCAUUGCUUUCAUCUACAGGGACUUUGGGUUGGUUGGCUUCUUCCGAGGCGGUGUGCCUCGUGCCCUCAGGCGUACUUUGAUGGCAGCAAUGGCGUGGACUGUAUAUGAGCAGAUGAUGGAAAAAAUGGGCUUGAAAUCCUGACUGACUUGCACUAGAACUGACCAGCCUCACUCCUUCUCCUGCUUGCUGUGACCAGCUGGCACUGGAAAGCUCCCAGCUCCAAGGAGGAAUAAGCCUUGCUCAGCUGGGAGGAAGAAAGCCCUUCUGAGGCAGAGGAUUAGGCCUUUAGGAAAGUAGAAGGAAGAAAGAUCAAAUCUUUGCAUCUUUUGAUCAGUGCAUUCCAGAAGGACUGUACUUGGGACUGCCUUGGGCAGGGUUUCCACAGCAUGGUAUCUAUGCUGAGAGAAGCCCAUCUUAAAAAUAGCUCUGUGCUUGCCACCUUCAUGCAAUGAGAAAUUGCUGAGUGUCUGAGGAGAAAACAGUGAGGGCAGUGUUGACUGCAGAACCUGCUUAAGUGUUCCUUGCUGUCUGGCCAGUAAGGCCAUCAUGGUACACCAUCUGAUGCAGAUCCUUCUUCCUCAUAUGCUUUGUUCUCCCUGGGAGCACUGCAGACCACAGUAGGAGACUGGAUAUGUGUCUUGAUGUUUAUAAUGCAAGAGAAGAGAAAAGAAGCCCCGAGGGAAAACUAGGAAUACAUUUUCUGUCAUUAUUUUUGUACUGUGCUCGAUAGCAGAGAAGGUAAUGUGCACCUCCCUGCUGUGUUGCCUCAUUUGGUAACUGAGCAUCUUAACACUUCAAAUACAUUUCUGUAGCUACAACAGCGUUUGCAAUGGAAUUAGAAAGAGUAAGGCACUUUAAACCAGAAGUAGAGAGCGCAUUAGUUGCUACCAAAAUUCUACUGAUUCCCUGAAAGACAUUUUUCCUGCUAGUCACACUAUAUCAGGAGAACUUCAAUGUUUUUUAUCCAGUUGUACUAGAGACUUACUCGCUUCCUGUUGCUCAUUUGCUGAUCCCUCUGCUCCUUAGAUGUAGCUUUUAAGAUCAUAGCUUCCAGAGCGUAAAUGUAUAAUGGAAGCAGGUACAGAUACUGACACUUUAAAUUUCCCUGAGAAGCCACUACUGACUGCAUGUGGAAUAUCUUUGGUUUGAGAGAAGAGGCUGUUCUUUUCUCUAAGCUUUCUCCAAAGUUUGAGGGGUUUCAGUGUUUGGUAGGGACAAAGAAACACUGGACAGAUUGUCAGAUGUUCAUUUUCUUUUAGCAGGUAGCCUGUUCUUAUUUUAGUAUUCCUGAGUUUAAACUUGGAGAUGAAGUGUGCGUGUGUGUAUUCCCUAUGCAUUUUAGUUGCUGAUGUAGCAAUAGGAAAGCACUGUACAAAUUGUACACACAGAGGCAUAAUGAGGCAUGUGAGCAAGGAAAGCUAGGUGACAAAUCUUGUAUUAAGUUAUGUCCUCAUUAGAAAUCUAAAAUGCAGGAAUACUUCAGUGGCUUUUAGGCCCUCUCCUUCUGCCUGGUCAAGUAACAAAGACCUGAAGAAUCUAGUUGACUGCUGGCGUCUUCAAAGUCAGCUGAUUUUCAUCUGGGUUCUAGGCUAAUGCUGUGUUAGAUUUUUCUUCUUGAAAGCCCUUCCAUUGCGUGCACUUUUUGGAGAAUGAGGAGGCUCUUCAUUGUUGCAGCAGUGUGAAAAAGUGUGUGCUUCUGACAUGUGAACUAGCCUGGGCUCUUGGUGUUUAACAAACCUGUUUCACCACCUGUUUCACCAGUGGUUGGUGUUGUAAAUCCAAAAACCUCGCUAGACAUGAGCCAGUGAGUUUUGUCAUGUGAGUUUGUUUUUAUUAUUUCUCUUGUUGCUUCCCUUACAUAUGGGGUAAGAGAGAGCCUGAGGUUCUGCUUUGUGAUCUGACAUCUGUAUCAAUAGGCAGGAAGACUCAGCUUCCUCAGCUCUGAUCCUUACUACCCCUCACCCUUUUAUUCUCUUCAAAAACAUUCUAUUUCUACAGUGAUUCGUUGAAGUUACUUUUUGAUAGUUAUACCAAGUCAAAAACAAGUGUUUGGGUAUAUUGCUUGUGAUGUUCUGUGCUUCUAAUGAACAACAAAUUAUUGUUGUACAACUUAAAUGCAAAUAAAAACCAAAGAAAAUUCCAGAGGCAGGUACUGAGUCUCCUGUCUGCAUAACCCCUGCAAUUCAGUGCUAACAAUCCCAGCAGAUAAUCAUUGACAAAGUCAUUUUGGCCUGGAUUUUGGAGAAGCUAAGGUGAUAGUGUGAGCUUUUUUAGAUUGCCAGAUCACCAUCAGACCCCUCUCCCAAUGACCUCACUUGUUGGCAAUUCAAUGUUAGUGAACGUGCAUUGAUUCUGUUAUUCCUGCAGCUGUGCUCUAAGAACACAACUGGUUAACAGAUGGAGGCAGUCAGUAUUUACCUGAAAAUUAUAAAGAUACAGGAGAAAUAGUCUGAUGUCUAUUGGUUUUGUGUUAUUUCCAUGCUGCCUGUAGUGUUUUUUCUUUUUGUUGUUGUUUGUUUCCUCUUGCACUGUUUUUAAACAGAACUGGAGCUUUGGGACAGUAUUUUGAGUGUAUGUUUACAUGAAAUAUUUAUGUGAUAAGGAAUAUAUUUAUAUUAAAAGCUGUGGUUACCAAAAUUAA